AUGGGUGGCGAGAGCGAGGUUUUUCGAGCGUGGGAUCAGGCGACGAAGAGCCAAAAGAGAACCGACUUGAAGAAGAUCAUGAUCCUGGGCGCGGGACCGAUCGUGAUCGGACAGGCGUGCGAGUUUGAUUACUCUGGGACCCAGGCGUGCAAGGCGUUGCGCGCCGAAGGAUACGAAGUCGUGCUCGUGAACUCGAACCCGGCGACGAUUAUGACGGAUCCAGAGACGGCGAGUCGCACGUAUGUGACGCCGAUGUCGCCGGAGAGCGUUGAGCAAAUCAUCGCGCGCGAAAAGCCGGACGCCUUGUUGCCGACGAUGGGCGGGCAAACCGCGCUCAACUUGACCAAGGCGCUCGCGGAGUCCGGGAUUUUGGCCAAGUACAACGUCGAGUUGAUCGGUGCUAAGCUUGAUGCUAUCAACAAGGCUGAAGAUCGUCAGCUUUUUAAGGAUGCGAUGGACAAGAUUGGCUUGAACACGCCCAAGUCUGGCACAGCCGAGACGUGGGCGCAGGCGCAAACCAUCGCGGCGGACAUCGGCACCAUGCCGCUCAUCAUCCGUCCUGCUUUCACUCUCGGCGGUUCUGGGGGUGGUAUCGCGUAUAACAUGGCUGAGUUUGAAAACAUCGUCAAGGGUGGUCUCGAUGCGUCUGCGACGAGCCAAGUUUUGAUUGAGCAAUCUUUGCUCGGCUGGAAGGAGUACGAGCUCGAGGUGAUGCGUGAUCUUGCCGACAACGUCGUCAUCGUGUGCUCGAUCGAAAACUUCGAUCCCAUGGGCGUGCACACCGGUGAUUCCAUCACUGUUGCCCCGGCUGAGACGCUCACGGAUAAGGAAUACCAGCGUCUUCGCGAUGCCUCGGUUGCUAUUAUUCGUGAGAUCGGCGUAGAGUGCGGUGGUUCGAACGUGCAGAUGGCUGUCAACCCAGUCGAUGGUCAAGUCAUGAUUAUCGAGAUGAACCCGCGCGUGUCUAGAUCUUCUGCUUUGGCUUCCAAGGCGACUGGUUUUCCGAUCGCUAAGAUGGCUGCAAAGCUUGCGGUCGGUUGCACCCUCGACGGCAUCCCGAACGAUAUUACGCUCAAGACGCCGGCGUCGUUUGAGCCGUCGAUCGAUUACGUCAUCACUAAGAUUCCUCGAUUCGCUUUCGAGAAGUUUCCGGGUGCUAAGGCGGUGCUCACGACUCAAAUGAAGUCCGUCGGUGAAGCGAUGGCCAUGGGUCGCACCUGGCAAGAGUCCUUCCAAAAGGCGUUCCGCUCUCUCGAGACGGGCUUCUCUGGUUGGGGUCUCAGCAAGAAGGAUGGCUUCAUGCAAGGUGAUGUCUCCGCCAUUCGCGAUGGUCUUACUAUUCCGAACCCUGAAAGAAUUGUGACCAUCCACGAAGCGUUCCUGGCUGGAUUUACGGAGAAGGAGAUCAUCAACCUCACGACGAUGGACCCAUGGUUUGUUCGCCAACUCGGUGAACUUUACGAAACCGAGUGUUGGUUAAAGUCGCUCAAGUCGAUCGAUGAACUUAGCGAAAACGAUUGGCUUGAAGUCAAGAGACGUGGUUUCAGCGACGCUCAAAUCUCUGUCGCUUUCCCUGGCACGGAUGAGAUGACUAUCCGCAAGGCCCGCACCGGCAAGGGCUGCGUCCCGUCGAUGAAGCGCGUCGAUACUUGCGCGGCGGAGUUCCAAGCGGACACGCCUUAUAUGUACUCUUCCUACGAUGGAAAUGAUGAAGCCGAACCGACGAACAACCGUAAGAUUCUCAUUUUGGGUGGUGGCCCGAACCGUAUUGGCCAAGGUAUCGAGUUCGAUUACUGCUGCUGCCACGCCGCGUUCGCGCUUGCCGAUGCAGGCUUUGAGACUAUUAUGCUCAACAGUAACCCAGAAACUGUGUCGACGGACUACGACACUUCUGAUCGCUUGUACUUUGAACCUUUGACGGUGGAAGAUGUCUUGAACGUGUGCGAGACUGAGCGUCCGGAAGGCAUUAUCGUGCAGUUCGGCGGCCAAACUCCGUUGAGCCUUGCCACGAAGCUUGAGGCCGCGCUAAACGCGAACCCGAUUCCGGCGGCGUCCGGUAACGGCUUCACGAAGAUUUUGGGUACGCCUCCGGACUCCAUCGAUGCGGCUGAAGAUCGUGAGCGUUGGAUCGAUAUUUUGGAUGAACUUGAAAUCCUUCAACCCCCGGGCGGCGUCGCUCGCUCCGAGGAAGAGGCGCUGAAGGUGGCUGAAAAACUCGGUUACCCGGUCAUGGUUCGCCCGUCUUAUGUUCUUGGUGGUCGUGCGAUGGAAAUCGUUGGUUCUACUGCCGAUUUGAAGCGAUACAUCAACACUGCGGUGGAAGUUGAUCCGGAACGACCCGUCCUCGUUGACAAGUACCUCCAAAACGCGACGGAAAUUGAUUGCGAUGCUCUGUGCGACAUGGAAGGCAACGUUGUCAUUGGUGGGAUCAUGGAACAUAUCGAACAGGCAGGUGUGCACUCCGGUGACUCUGCGUGCUCUUUGCCGACCCAAACCAUCCCUGAAUCUGCCUUGGCGACUAUCCGCGAAUGGACUCCUAAGCUUGCUCGUCGACUUGGAGUUGUUGGUCUCAUAAACAUUCAGUACGCCGUGACUCCGGACGGCACUCCUUAUAUUAUUGAGGCAAACCCUCGUGCGUCUCGUACGGUGCCGUUUGUUGCUAAGGCGAUCGGUCACCCAUUGGCGAAGUAUGCCUCUUUGGUGAUGGCGGGAAAAACGUUGAAGGAAAUCGGCUUCACGGAAGAAGUGAAGCUCAACCACGUCGCCGUCAAGGAAGCGGUUCUUCCGUUCGAUAAGUUCCCGGGCGCCGACACGUUGCUCGGUCCGGAGAUGAGAAGUACCGGUGAAGUGAUGGGCAUCGACAAGGACUUCAGCCGUGCCUACUGCAAGGCGCAGCUCGCUGCUGGACAACGUUUGCCAACUUCUGGCAAUGUGUUCAUCUCCGUCCGUGAUGGUGAUAAGGAUGCCAUAGUUGACAUAGCGCGUGACCUCGUCGCCAUGAAAUAUACGGUCCUCUCGACCGGCGGUACGGCGAGCCACUUAGAAAACGCGGGCGUUCCCGUUACCAAGGUGAAGAAGGUCCACGAGGGCCGCCCUCAUAUUGGUGACAUGAUCCGCAACGGUGAGAUUGGUUUGAUGGUUGUCACCUCGUCUGGUGACGCUCAAGAUUUGGUGGAUGGUCGCGAGAUCCGUCGCACCGCGGUUGGCCUCAAGGUUCCUAUGGUGACGACGAUCGCUGGCGCGAAGGCGACUGUUGGCGCCGUCAGAGUCUUGCAACAGAAUGACUUGGUGAUGGAUGCCUUGCAAGAUUUCUUCUAG